GUGUGUGCGGCCCCGCCCCCUCCUCCCCCCACUCCAUGACACCUGCUGCUGCUGCGGCUGCGGGUGGACGUGGAUGUGACGCGGGACGGUGGAGGUGAUGGAGACACCGGUGCCGGACGCGGAGCUGCUCAACAUCUCCAGCGGCGGCAGAGGCGAUAACCUGACGUCCACGGACAGCCAGGUGGCGCUGCAGGCGGGAGUGGCGCUCACUCUGGCGCUCAUCACUUUCGCCACCACACUCUCAAACGCCUUCGUCAUCGCCACCAUCUACCAGUCCCGCAAACUGCACACGCCCGCAAACUUCCUGAUCGCGUCCCUGGCGGUGACGGACCUGCUCGUGUCCAUCCUGGUGAUGCCAGUGAGCGCGCUCUACACGGUGACGCACACGUGGACUCUGGGCCAGGUGUUCUGCGACAUCUGGCUCUCCUCUGACAUCACCUGCUGCACCGCCUCCAUCCUCCACCUGUGCGUCAUCGCGCUGGACCGGUACUGGGCCAUCACGGACGCGGUGGAGUACUCCAAGAAGCGCACGCCGGCGCGCGCCGCGGGCAUGAUCGCCACCGCGUGGGUCAUCGCCAUCUCCAUCUCCCUGCCGCCGUUCUUCUGGCGCCAGGUGAAGGCGGAGGAGGAGGUGACGAGCUGCAACGUGAACACGGACCACAUCUUCUACACCAUCUACUCCACCUUCGGCGCCUUCUACAUCCCCACGCUACUGCUCAUCGCGCUUUACGGCAGGAUCUACGUGGAGGCGCGCAAGCGCAUCCUCAAGCAGUCCAGCAACAAGCCCGGGAAGCGGCUCACGUCCGCGCACCUCAUCACCGACUCCCCGGGCUCCGUGGCCUCCAGCUCCUCGCUCAACUACGGCACCAACGACACCAACUCCUCCCCCUGCUGUGACCACGCCUCCUCGUCGUCCUGCGCCAACGUGGGUCACGUCAAAGUGACGGUGAGUGACGCCCUGCUGGAGAAGAAGCGCAUCUGCGCUGCCAGAGAGAAGAAGGCCACCAAGACUCUGGGCAUCAUCCUAGGGGCCUACAUCAUCUGCUGGCUGCCCUUCUUCAUCUACACGCUGCUGGUGCCCGUGUGUGACUCGUGCUUCCACCCGGAACUCUUUGACGUGUUCACAUGGCUCGGUUACCUCAACUCACUCAUCAACCCCAUCAUCUACACCAUGUCCAAUGAGGACUUCAAAAAGGCCUUUCACAAACUGCUGCGCUUCCGGUGUUGCAGAGCCUGAGCCCCGCCCCCCACACACUGAGCCCCGCCUCCAAACCGAGACAACUGACCACGACUGACUACAACAACUGACCAGUCCAGAACCAACUCUUAACCAACACAGAACUGAGUUUUCUUACCCACACCUGAUCAUACCUGACCACAACUGACCCAUAACUGACCUCAACUGGUCCAUAACUAACCCAGAACUAACCAAUAACUCAUCACAAGAACUGACCAGUCCAGAACUAACCAUAGCUUACCUCAACUGAUUCAUAACUAACCCAGACCUGACCAGGACUGACCUCAACCAAUCCAAAACUGACCAGAACGAACUCAUAACUGACAUCAACUGGUCCAUAACUAACCCAGAACUAACUCAUAACUGACCUCAACUGGUCCAUAACUAACCCAGAACUAACUCAUAACUGACCAGAACUAACCUCUACUGAUCCAUAACUAACCCAGACUGACCAGGACUGACCUCAACCAAUCCAAAACUGACCAGUGCUAACUCAUAACUAACCGAUAACUCAUCACAACAACUGACCAGUCCAGAACUAACCAUAACUGACCUCAGCUGACCUCAACCAAUCAAAAACUGACUAGAACAACUGACUAGUCCAGAACUAGCGCAGAACUAACCGUAACUAACCAGGACUGACCAGAACUGACCUCAGCUGGCCUUUAACUAAACCCAUAACUGACCAUAACUAACAAUAAGUAACCACAGCUGGUCAGAGCUGACCUCUCCACUUGCAGUCAUGUGAAGACUUGGAUUGAACCACAGCUCCCUCUACAGGUCGAUUUGAGGAUUACGCCAUGACAAUGUCGCUGCGACACAGCAGAGGAUUGUGGGAAAUAAUGACUGACCCUCAGUCAGACUGUGCUGCUGCCAUUUCCUGAGCCAGUGGAAUUCCUUUAAAGGCAUAGUUCAGGUUUUUUCGUUUAACGGUACAGGUGUCUACGUCUUUAAUAAUCUGCAAUAAUCUGUAAUAACAAAAACAUCUGCAGCGCUGCAAGAAAUUAACAAAAAACAUUGUUAAUGUUUCACCUUAACGAAUGAGUGCCACAAGGGGGAGCUGUAUCUGUCUGUGUGUAUCUUUUUUUCACUUAAAAACAUAUGAAUCCUGUGUGUGUGUGUGCACUUUACCACAUAGCUUAGCAUUAGCAUCAUAGAUUUCACCAGAAGAAGAUAUUUUUUCAGAGAGAAUGACAAACUUUUCUUUGUCAGAUUUUGUGCUGAGAAAUUUUAAUUUUCCCUUUUAAAAGUUUAAGUUUUUUGUGUCUGAUUUCAUUUGUUUGAUGUUGAUUAUUUAUUUAAAUUUAUUUUUAAAAUAAAACACUCAGAAAAAGGGCUCUGAGGUCAAACCUCUAAAAAAAAAAGAAGAAAAAUAUGCAACAACAUCGUGAAAAGUCAGAAUGUUGUUGAUUUGAAUAGUGAAAAAAACAAAUGUUGUAUGAAAUAUGUUUAAUUUAAAGAAAAUAUUUUAAGUGGAAAACAAAAAUCUUUAGAUAAUAAAUGAAAUCAUUGAGAAUGACAGCAACGAUGCAGCUCCCCCUUGUGGCACUUUUACAUUACAUUACAUGUCAUUUAGCAGAUGCUUUUAUCCAAAGCGACUUACAAGGGAAGGGAGUAAAUCAGCAGGACUGUUUUUUUUGGGGUUCUUUUACAGUUCUUUGUGCUACAUCCACACUCUUUCACACUCACAUUUUCUUUUAUAAAAGCCAGAUUCACGUGUUCGUCCACUCUAAUGCGCUAUUUUAGAGGUUGAAAACUCUUUUGUGUUUUAGUCUGGAUGAGAACGAGUCACGCAGUUUUUUUCUGCGUUUACGUACGCUACAUCCACACUGCUCCAUGUUUGUUUGAAAACACACAAAUUCUGCUCCAGAUUCACAGUUGGUCCACACUAGUGCAUUACCUUUCAAGAAGUUAGUCCAGAGGACUGAUUCGGUUUUUUCACAUUUUUUGUUUGAUUUUACUGCUUUUAUGUUUAUGUUAAGUUUCAUUAGGCUACAUCCACAAUAUCUUCAUUUUUGUUUGAAAACUCAGACGACGCAUUUUAGUCUGGACGAGUAAAAGUGCAGAAAACUUGACACAUUUUGUGUUUUAUUUUUCUGCUUUUUAUUUUGUCUGCAUUUGUGUUGUGUGUGUUGUGCUACAUCCACACUAAUUAGUUUCGUCCACACUAGUGCGUUAUAUUUCAAGUAGUUUGUCUGGAUGAGUACGAGCGUGGAAUUUUUUCAAAACAGCGAUUCAGUUGUGUUUUAUUCCACAAUUGUUUCUUUAAAAUUUUUCUUUGGGCUACAUCCACACUAUCGACAUUUUUGAAAACUCAGGAUGCAUUUUAGUCUGAACGAGUAAAAGUGCAGAAAACUUUCAAAAUGAUGACAGUUUUAUUUUUAUUUUUCUAAGCUUACAUUGGCUACAUCCACACUAAUUACUUUGUGUUUGAAAACACACAAAUUAUUCUCCACAUUCACGGUUCGUCCAGACUGCUGUGUUAGUUUUUGCUGGUUCUGUUUUUUAUUUGAGGUUAUGGUUUUAGUCUGGAUGAGUACGAGCGUGGGAAACUUUCAAAAAUGAUACCGUUCACUUCCUUAUUGGUUCUUAUUGAAACCGAACAAACUGAAAAACUAAAGAGCAGAAAGCCAACUUCCUGUUUUUUUUACGCAGACACACCCAGUGUAGCUGAACACUUGUGUGGUAUACAUUUUCAGGCAUGUAAGUGUGGACGCGCAACAAUGCUAACGCUAAUGGAGUUAAAACUGUUGGUUGUUUUGAUGUGAAAACAUUUUGUUGAAUGAAAACGUGUUAGUGUGGACGUAGCAUCAUAGACUGGAUAUUAAAAGUGGGCGUGGUCUUCUAAACAGGAAGUUCACAACCAGGCUCCUAUUGGACGACGGCAGCUGUCAAUCACACUGUCGUCCACUUUUCUGAAAAGAAUUCACUCCUCAGGAAAAUGUUGUAUGGCAUAAGAAAGUCGCCCCCUGGUGGAUAUUUAAUAUAUUUUCACCCAGAAGACGACAUCCAUUUUUAAUAUGCAGUCUAUGCAGGGCCGGCUUAAGCCUUUAUGAGGCCGCAAAACUACUUGGUUUUUCAAACACUAGAGGGCAGUAAAAUCACAAAAGUGUCCUCUUAUUAAAUUGCACUUUCAAGUGAAGCACAAAGUGUGUUGAUGUUAAACUGAAAUCAAACUAGUAAAAAAACAGUAACAACUAGUUUAAUGACUUUGGUUUUAAAACUUAAAAAAAAAAAUCACUGGUCCUGGCCCUGGCCCUGGCCCUAGCCCUGGUCCUGGCCCUGGCACUAGCCCUGGCCCUGGCCCUGGAAAAAACCUGAACUAUCCCUUUAUCACAUCAGUGGAGUAAGAUGAUGAUAAUGAUGUUUGUGUUGUUGUUAUAAACACACACACACACACAGUGGGAUUUUAAGCACAAACAGUUUAGCGCUAAGCUAACAUUAGCCCUGCGGGUAAAACAACAACAUUGUUAUUUAUUUAUUUAUUUAUUUAUUUAUUUAUUUUUGUUGUGUUUAUUUUAUUUUUCCUGACUCAGUGACAAGAAAUCCUGGUGCCUACAACACUGACCCUGACCCAGACUCACAGUCUG